ACAGAUGGAGCCAAACGUUAGGUUUCACAGGGAUAAAGGUGCAUUAAGAUGAUAAUUAUAAUGAACUGAAUUACAAUAAUUAAGCGACAGUAAACAAAAAUAUUUUACAAAAACGAAAACAAAAUAUUCUUAUCUUAUACUCGUAUAUAAACGAGUUAAGACAAUUAUCAUUCAUCAUCGUCUAAAUUAAAAGUUAAUUAAAUUGAAAAUUAAUUUAUCGCACACAUGGAAACGCAUACGUUGGCCUUACCUUAAGAAAAAGGUUCUACGUUGGCUGGCAAGAUGUCACAGUGAUCGCACGGAUUACCGUCGUCGUCUGGCACUGUCUCUUCUGGUUCCUUUGCUGUUUCAAGAAGCUAAUGUCAUUUUCACUAUUUCAUCGUCGUUUUACGUUACUCCGUGAAGUAUGAUCCGACAUGUAACACUGUGACAAAACGUUGAAGAAACAUUCUUGAUCAGUGACUAUUCGUUGAUUCCGGAAUUCUUCGUCCAGAGUGUCGUUGUCAGUGCUACAGAGACUGCUAGUGGCUGAGGAGUAGAAGGAGGAGGAGGAGCAAGAGGAGGAGGAGGAGGUGGUGGUUCCCACCUCCGGGAGGUGAUCGUAAACGAUGCACAAAACACCGGUACGGAAGUCACGGUCGUGAAAAUGCGUGCCUCGAAACGAGCCGCGUGUUCACCCGUGCCAGCCUAGCGAAGGACUGAGCUUGGCCCGGUGACGAUGCAAGAUAACUCCAAAGAAAUGUUCAUCAUCCGAGCAUUAGAGAAAAUCCUGGCUGACCGGGAUGUCAAACGGUCGCACCUCUCUCAGCUUAGAAAAUCCUGCGAGACCGCACUUGAUAAUCUGCGGAAUGAGAUCAAAGAAGUGUCAGGCACUCAGGUUUCAACUGCACUGCCUCAGCCUCGCAGUGAUUCCUAUGUCAUUUCUGCAGAAAAAUAUUUUCUACCAUUCGAAUUGGCCUGCCAUAGCAAGUCACCACGGAUUGUGGUCACUGCUUUGGAUUGCCUGCAGAAAUUAAUUGCAUAUGGCCAUCUUACUGGAAAUGUACCUGACUCCACUGAGCCAAAUAAACUAUUGAUUGUCCGGAUUGUCGAAACAAUCUGUGGGUGUUUCAUAGGACCUCAAACAGAUGAGGGUGUUCAGCUACAAAUUAUAAAGGCGCUUCUCACAGUAAUGACCAGUCAACAUGUCGAAGUGCACGAGGGUACAGUGCUUCUUGCUAUACGAAUUGUUUACAGCGUUUAUUUGGCCUCCAAAAAUCUGGUUAAUCAAACCACAGCUCGUGCUACUCUCACCCAGAUGAUCAAUGUUAUUUUUGCUCGAAUGGAAACACAAGCAGAAGAGGAGAAUAUUAAAAAUGAAAUGGAACAAACAGAAACCUCUGUCAAUACUACCAACUGUACUUCUACUGGAGAGCUGGAAACAGAGGCAAUGAACAAUGAGGAAACCACAACAGAAAAUAACCAAGAACCGCACUUAAUCGUUAGAGGGAUUUUAGAGGAUGUAGUAAAUUCCGUGGUACCAGAGGAUACAACCAGUGCAACAACAAUAAUUUCAGAAGAGACAAGCUUAGACCAAGUGCCUAUGGACGACAACUCAGAUGAAGCUGUCGCGGAAAGCGACAACAUGGUCAGAGCAAAAUUCACUCAUGUCUUACAAAAGGACGCUUUCUUGGUCUUCAGAGCACUCUGCAAACUUUCCAUGAAACCUCUUCCAGAUGGUAAUCUCGAUCCUAAGUCGCAUCACCUCAGAUCAAAGAUCCUUUCGUUGCAACUGCUUCUGGGAAUACUCCAAAAUGCGGGAGCAGUGUUACGUUCAAACGAGAUGUUCGUAAUAGCUAUAAAGCAGUACCUCUGUGUAGCGCUUUCUAAGAAUGGCGUUUCAUCGGUUCCCGAGGUGUUCGAGCUUUCAUUGGCGUUGUUCCUGGCUCUGCUGGCUCGUUUCAAAGUGCACUUAAAGAUGCAGAUAGAAGUGUUCUUUAAGGAGAUCUUCAUGAACAUCCUUGAGACCUCUAGUAGUUCCUUCGAACACAAGUGGAUGGUGAUUCAUGCCUUGACUCGCAUCUGUGCAGAUGCUCAAAGUGUUGUUGACAUAUAUGUGAACUACGAUUGUGAUCUUUCAGCUGCGAACCUAUUCGAAAGGCUUGUAAACGAUCUAUCCAAGAUUGCCCAAGGCAGGCAAGCUCUAGAAUUGGGUGCCUCGCCUAACCAAGAAAAGUCAAUGCGUAUCAGAGGUCUAGAGUGUCUAGUGUCAAUUCUGAAAUGCAUGGUGGAGUGGAGUAGAGAUUUAUACGUCAACCCAAGCGUACCAGCCGACCAACAGUUACCUUCAGAACCACCGGAUCCCCCCGCAGAACCACCAUUACCGCGUUAUGGCAGCGCAGGAAGUUUGUCGUCCGCGAAUUCUAGUCUAGCAGGAAACAAAGAGAUCCCGGACUCACCGGAACAGUAUGAAGUGCAGAAGCAGCAAAAGGAGGUCUGGGAGACCGGGAUUGACAUUUUUAAUCGAAAGCCAAGCAAGGGAGUACAAUAUCUUCAAGAACAAGGUCUUCUAGGUAAUUCGUCCGACGACGUUGCCCGCUGGCUUCAUAUGGACGAACGACUCGAUAAGACCGCGAUAGGCGACUUUCUCGGUGAUCAUAAUCACAAUCAGGUGAUGUACAGUUAUAUCGACCAAAUGAAUUUCGCUGAUCGUGAUUUAGUUACAGCCCUCAGGUAUUUUCUCGAGGGCUUCCGGUUACCCGGCGAGGCGCAGAAAAUCGAUCGGCUGAUGGAAAAGUUUGCCAGUCGAUACUGCGAGUGUAAUCCGAACAACGGUUUAUUCACAAGUGCGGACACCGCUUACGUCCUUGGUUUCUCAAUUAUCAUGCUCACCACUGACCUUCACUCGCCGCAAGUCAAAAAUAAAAUGACCAAGGAACAAUAUAUCAAGCUGAACCGGCGCAUCAGCGAUAACGAAGAUUUACCUGAGGAAUAUUUGUCCAAGAUUUACGACGAGAUAGCCGGCAAUGAAAUUAAAAUGAAGUCGAACCCUAACAGACCUGGAAAGCAAGUGAUAUCCAGUGAAAAGAAACGGCGUUUACUAUGGAACAUGGAAAUGGAAGUGAUCUCGACCGCGGCGAAGAACUUAAUGGAAUCUGUCAGCCACGUUCAAGCACCGUUCACAACGGCCAAGCACCUGGAACAUGUCCGACCUAUGUUCAAAAUCGCCUGGACUCCGUUUUUAGCUGCGUUCAGCGUCGGCCUCCAAGACUGCGACGAUCCGGAAAUUGCUUCUUUAUGCUUAGACGGCAUCAGAUGCGCAAUACGCAUCGCUUGCAUAUUUCACAUGACGUUAGAACGCGAUGCGUACGUGCAAGCGCUGGCACGGUUCACUUUGCUGACUGCGAACUCGCCAAUCACUGAAAUGAAAGCGAAGAACAUAGACACCAUAAAGACGUUGAUAACCGUGGCGCACACCGACGGGAACUACCUUGGCAGCUCCUGGCUGGACGUUGUGAAAUGUAUCUCGCAAUUGGAACUCGCCCAAUUGAUAGGGACCGGGGUCAGGCCGCAGCUCCUGGGCCCGCCAUCCAAGCCACACUUCCCCUCGCCAUUAGUCACCUUUAAUUUAACACACAACAAUUCCCAUCAGAACAACAAUUUGAAUCUCAGUUCUCUCGACCCAAGCGUGAAGGAGUCAAUAGGAGAGACAAGCUCGCAAAGCGUGGUGGUGGCCGUCGACAGGAUCUUCACCGGAUCCACCAGGUUGGAUGGUGACGCUAUCGUGGAGUUCGUGAAGGCUCUCUGCCAAGUGUCUUUGGAGGAACUAUCGCAUCCGACCCAGCCACGCAUGUUCUCCUUAACGAAGAUAGUAGAAAUCUCAUACUACAACAUGGGUCGCAUCAGGCUGCAGUGGUCGAGGAUCUGGCAAGUGAUCGGUGACCACUUCGACAGAGUCGGUUGCAGUCCUCGCCAGGAAAUAGCGUUCUUCGCGGUGGACUCCUUGAGGCAGCUAGCCACCAAGUUCAUCGAGAAGGGCGAGUUCGCGAAUUUCCGGUUCCAAAAGGACUUCCUGAGACCGUUCGAGCAUAUCAUGAAGAAGAACAGGUCGCCGGUGAUCAGGGACAUGGUCGUCCGUUGCGUCGCUCAGAUCGUCCACUCGCAGGCACCCAACAUCCGUUCUGGCUGGAAGAAUAUAUUCAGCGUGUUCCACCAUGCUGCCAGCGACAGGGACGAGGCUGUGGUCGAGCUGGCGUUCUCGAUGACAGGGAAAAUCAUAAAUGAGCUGUACGCGGAAGACUUCAGUAUUAUGGUAGACUCUUUCCAAGAUGCCGUCAAGUGCCUCAGUGAAUUCGCUUGCAACGCCUCCUUCCCAGAGACCAGCAUGGAGGCAAUCAGGCUGAUACGCUCUUGCGCCUCCUACAUUGACGCUAAUCCGAGCCUGUUCGCAGAGGGGAUGAUGGACGACAGUGGAAUGGUAUCCGAGGAAGACAGAGCUUGGGUAAGGGGAUGGUUCCCGUUACUGUUUGAAUUAUCCUGUAUAGUGAGCAGAUGUAAAUUAGAUGUGCGAACACGAGCACUGACUGUUCUCUUCGACGUCGUAAAGACUCACGGCGCGUCGUUCAAGCCUCACUGGUGGAAGGACCUUUUCCAAGUGCUGUUCAGAAUCUUCGACAACAUGAAGCUCCCCGAGCAGCACACAGAGAAAGCUGAGUGGAUGACGACAACCUGCAACCACGCCCUCUACGCCAUCGUGGACGUGUUCUCGCAGUUCUACGAUACUCUGGGACCUCUGUUACUGGAACAACUGUAUUCCCAACUUCUCUGGUGCGUGCAACAGGACAACGAGCAGCUGGCACGGUCAGGCACCAAUUGCCUGGAGAACCUAGUAAUCAGCAAUGGCAUCAAGUUCGACGAGAAGACCUGGGAGAAGACCUGCUGCUGCGUUCUGGACAUAUUCGAGAGCACGUUGCCUUCCGCACUAUUAACAUGGAAGCCUCAGUCUCCCAACAAGGAGUCCGACCUGGACGUGAUCACCGGGGAGGCCGACGGCCACGUGGGCAUCCUGAAGAGGAGCAACAGCUCGCAAAGCUUGACUAACAGCGACACGCUGAAGAACAAGGUGUUCUCCGCGCUGUUGAUAAAGUGCGUGGUCCAGCUGGAGCUGAUCCAAACGAUAGACAACAUCGUGUUCUACCCGGCCACAUCGCGCAAGGAGGACCAGGAGAACCUGGCGCUGGCGCAGGCGGACAUGUUCAACGGGAAGUCGUCUGAGCUGAGCGUGAGAGCAGGGGCGGACCAGCAGAAGGAGGAGCAGGGCAUGUACUGCGCCCUGACCACCAUGCACCUGCUGCAGCUGGUGGAGUGUCUGUUAAAGUCCCAUCGGUUCGCCAAGGGUUUCAACUCCGACCACGAGCAACGGAACGUCCUGUGGAAGGCUGGCUUCAGAGGCAACGUCAAGCCGAACCUGCUGAAGCAAGAGACGCAGUCGCUGGCGUGCGCCCUGCGCAUCCUCUUCAAGAUGUACAGCGACGAAGCUCACAGGGCUGACUGGAACAAAGUCGAGGCCAGACUGGUAGAGGUCGCCUGUGAGGCGCUGGAGUACUUCCUGGCGCUGUCGAACGAGGCGCACAGGGAGGCCUGGACCCCCAUCUUACUGCUACUCCUAACCAGAAUCCUGAAAAUGAGCGACAACAGGUUUGCCGUUCACGCAUCCAGCUGUUACCCUCUACUCUGCGAGAUUAUGUGCUUUGAUCUCAAGCCUGAAUUAAGGUCCGUGCUGCGCAGAUUCUUCUUGAGGAUCGGCCCGGUAUUCAGGAUCACUCAGCAGUAGUUACUAUAACGGAUAAACGAGUGGUUUUAGUCGCUCCACGGUGUAUAAGGUUGAUUCUUGCGAUUAGAUCUCUUUUGUAGGAUCUUGCGUGAGAUUUUUUUAAGUUUCAUCUGUCGAUGGAGAAGAGAAUUAUAGGAGAUUGAUUUCUGGAUCAUACGUUCCUUUUGUUCUAUAGUUAAGAAUCCUCUUUAUACAUGGCGAACACAUGCAUAAUGUACGAAUAUUGGUUAAGCUAAUUUCUCUGAUAUGGGAAUCAAAAGAAUGUUAUGGGGGAACAUACGAGACACAAUGUUUUAGCAAGACCCUAGGGGAAGCAUGAUAUGUAUGUAUUGUAUAUGUUCCGGAGCCUUCUUUUGUAUUUACUGCGUUCUUCAUUUUUAUAAGAGCCUUCAGUGGAGGACCUACGUUAUUCUGGUCGAUUGUGCAUGUGCAGGGUGUUUAAUAAAUAGAGUAUUUUCUGGCCAUCAGGGAAACGUGAGACGUUAGCAUUACCUUCGUGUCAUUUUAAUUGAAUUUUAAUAGAUUUUAUUCGUCGACUAUCGUUUUCAAAUUGUAAUGGAAUAUUCCGAAUUGUAUAUUAGUUAUUUAAUAAGGUAGGAUAGUAGAGAAAGGUGGGCAGACAAUGAUGGUUAAUUUAUUCGCCGGAUUUCUGGAGGCGUGCACCGUGAGUCGAUUUUUAAUCUGGGAACAAAACAAAGGACUUCUCCCGGAAAAUGCACUAUUUAUCAAAUGUUUUGUAUAUCCAAACAUAAUCAUAUACGAAGUGUCUCACGAGGUAUGCUGUACCAUAGGUAGAUCAGAUUGCUGAGUGGAGAAUAAGAUAAUUUUCCAUAUUUUUAUAGAACCGACUAGCGACUUUGACUAACUCCCGAAUCAGUUAUGAGAACUUCAUAAUCUGUAGCCGUGUAGAAGCUUCACCGAUUGUCUUAUUUUGGACUUAGAAAUCUCAUUUCUUCUUUUUUUUUUAUUGUACAUUCUUUGAGACACUGUAUAUAUAUAUAUUUAAAAUACUUAGGAAAUGAUGGUAUAAGCAAGAAAUGGCGGAUACUUAAUUGAAAAUAAAACAAUUUCACCGACUAUUUUCUUCUGAAGGGAGUCUUCAUUUCAGGGGAGAACUUGGUAUCAUUGUUAAAAAUUCCAGACGGAACACCUCGCCUCUACGAACAAUUCUAACUGUAAUCCUAGUUCGCUUUUAGUUCUUUCUCCUGCGAAUGUUUUAUAUUCGACGAUAUUCUGUCCAGUGAAAAACUGUACUGACAUGCAGUAGAGAUUAUUCUAUUUCGUACCACCAAACUUCUCAUCUCUAGCUUGUGCUAUUACUUUUAACACACAGCCUGUGUACAAAUGCAAAAAACUUUUGCAUAGUCAUCGCUGAGUAGUCAUAUAAAUAUCCGUCGCGGAUAGGUGUUCAGACAACGAGUGAUAGUUAUCUCGGUAACUCGCUACGGUUUCAAUUGUUACAUAUAGAUAUUCAGUUCAAGGUAAAACAUGAGAAUCCCAUGAACACGCGUUGCAUGUAUAUUUACACAUAGAACUAUUUAUGCUUAAGUUAGACUAAUUAUUUACAUAAUGCAAUAUUUAAAUAAAUUCUAGAGAAACAAGGACACGUUUUACUGGUUUUAUAUUUCCUCCUGAUCGUGAACACUGAAAUCAAUUCAUUAAACUAAAUCUUAAACGGCGUUACAACUAGAUCUGCAACGAUGCGAUGGUUCAACUGUGAAUUACAAAUGUUUCUUAUAUACCUACUUCAGUAUCUUCACAUUUAUUAUGUAGCCUUCAACUUAAAAACUAUGUGGAAUGUGUUCAGAAGGAAUAAGUGGGUAUCGGGCCGCACCACUCUUGAAUGAAAGCUAGAAUAUCGUUAAGAGUAGAUUCGUGGGGAGCCUGGCGUGCCGUGUUGAUCAUUUUCGUCCAGUCGUCGCGAUCAGCAACACGUUCACCCUUGCCAGAAAAAUGAUGAUCAAUGUAAAAUGAACUAACCUUAAGUGACAUGAUUAAAACA